AUUACCACAAAUCUUUAAGUUUGGUAAAGGAGGGCUGCUUGCAGCAAGCGAAUUUACUUAACCACGGACCUUAAAGGCCAACAGCCAAGCACCCAAAUGCUUACAUCUCAUACAUUAAACUUCAAACAUAGAUAUCAGGUUGCCGCUCCAUGCCGGCGAAACGGCGCGCAAGCAUGCCGGCGAACCGCAGGCGCGAAGCGCAUUCGGUUCUCGCUUGUGCUGUGGGCGACGUCGGGCGAUGCAAAACCAUCCGUGGCACCAUCCAAGGUAGCGGCGCCAGUGGACUUCUCGUACCGCGUCGCUGCCAAGCAGGCCGCGUCCAAGCUUCGCCUCGACUCCUUCCUAGUGGAGCAGAUAGCAGCAGAGCUAGCCGCAGUGCCCAGCUCCGCUCAGGACGUGUCACGCGCCAAGGUCCAGGCGAGCAUUGCGGCGGGCCUGGUGGCCGUGAACGGCCGACCGGUCAGCAAGGCGGGCCAGCAGCUGCGCGCUGGCGACACGGUGACCGCGAGCCUGCUGCCGCCGCCGCCCAUGCAGGCAAUCCCCGAGCCCAUCCCUCUGGACAUAAAAUACGAGGACGAGCACCUACUCGUUAUCAACAAGCCUGCCGGCAUGGUCGUCCACGUGGCGCCAGGCCACCACACGGGCACGCUGGUGAACGCGCUGCUGCACCACUGCUCGCUACCCGCCCUGGACCUGGCGCCCACCGAGCCCGGCGGCGUGGUGGCUGUAGCAGGCAGAAGCAGCGGCGGCGGAGCAGGAGCAGGAGAGGAGCAGGAGGCAGAUGAGCUUGAAGAGGAGGACGAGGAGGAGGAGGAAAGUGCGCAGCUCGGCAGUAGCAGGCUGCUUAGCAGCAGCUCUGCAAGCAGCAGCAGCAGUGGCAGCAGAAUCCUGCGUCCGGGCAUCGUGCACCGAAUCGACAAGGGCACGAGCGGCCUGAUCGUCGUUGCAAAGACGGAGACGGCACUCACAAGACUGCAGGCGCAAUUCAAGGCAAGAACGGUGGACCGGCUGUACCUGUCGAUGACAGUGGGCUGCCCCUCGUCCAGGUCCGGGCGCGUGGAGACCAACAUAUCCCGCGACCCAGGCGACCGCAAACGCAUGGCAGCCGCACCGUACGGCGGCACUCGCGGCCGCACCGCCGCCAGCAGCUACCAGGUGCUGGAGCCGCUGGCGGGCGGCGGCUGUGCGUUGGUGCAGUGGAAGCUGGACACGGGGCGGACACACCAGAUCAGGGUGCAUGCUAAGCACAUGGGCCACCCGCUGCUGGCGGACGACACGUAUGGCGGCGGCGGCCCCGCGGCGCUGUCGGCGGUGGCCAAGGGCGGCGCGAGGUCCGUUGAGGAGGUCAAGGCCUGUUUGGAGCGACUGGGCCGGCCAGCGCUCCACGCGCUGACGCUGGGUUUCAGCCACCCAGUCAGCGGGAAGCGGCUGUCGUUUGAGCAGCCGCCACCGGAGGACUUUGCCAGCGCAUUGGAGCAGCUGCGCGGGCGGUGAGGGGGCGGUGAGGGGGCGGUGAGGCCGGGUCUGCGCUGGGGCGCGGCUGGCCUCUUGUGGGCUGCGGGUGGGCGGCAGGGCUGAAGCUGGGAAGGUGCUGCACUGCUGCUCCCCUCAAGGCUCAAGCCUGAGGUGCGUCCUACUGGCUGUGCGGCUGAGGAGCUAUGGGGAAAAUCUGAGGGUGGCGCACUGACUGGUAGAGCGCUGUUAGCGGGUGAGCGGCUGGCGGCUCAGCGCGGAAGUGGAGGGUGUCAUGGUUGGCGCCGUUGCGGCAUUAGCAGGGUGAACUUCAGGCGGUCACGUGCAGUAGGGUUCGUUGUGUGGUUGCGUGUCGGCGACAGUCAGCGGGCACGCUUGUAGCUAGUAUGUUUCCCAUGACGCACGUGUGGAAGACAGUUUUAUUUAGCAUGCCGGCCACUCGAUGGUUGUAGCAGGUCCCUGUGAAAGUUUGGUCGAUGACAGUCGAGCAGGAAGGCAAACGGGUUCCGACGAUGAGUUUCUUCCCAGACCUUAAGUCUGUAGAGAUAACGAAUUUGUAUCUGUUGGUCCCGGAGCGUUAAUCACAAGGUCUGAAGGCCACCUGCGCUAGCGCUGCGCAACUUGAUCUAGAGCCCUAGCGCGACGGUUGGUUGGGGCGCAUAUUUGCCUUUGAUGCUCCUUAAUUCGUUACCUUGAGUAACAUGAGUCCAGUGCACUCUUUGCCUUUGUUACGGUCAUUUGCGGCAACAUGGCCGAAGCCCGUUUCGCGCCAAUUUGUGCAUUAGUCCGAUUGGGAUGCGUCGAGCUUAAAGCGACAGUCGACCGACCAGGACAGUUAGUGUCCUGCACUUGGGUUGCUGUGGGCGAAUUAGGUUGAGCGUCUAA